GACAGACAACAGCGUGCCGAGCAGCUCCGGGGUGCACUGUGCCUCCUCCCAGGGAGGUUCCUCUCCGUGCCCCCCGGCCAUCACAGCGCAGGCAGCUGAGCCCGGCUGCAUCCCGCUUGGGACGUUCACUCUGAAGCGUAAUGAGGACCUUGAGCCUUCUGGAGCAGAGCCCUGCAACCCGGGGCACCCCAUCCCUGUCCCCCCCCCAGCAGCGCAGUGCUGGGACAUAUGGCAGAGCCUGCAGUGCCUCUCCUGACACUGUCGAUGUCCGUGGGACAGCCGUGACUCCCGCUGAGGGCAGAGCUCCGGCUGCAGAUCCCAGCUUGGGAGGCUCCAGAUUUGCUGCUCCCCACGCAAGGAUGGUGGAACGCGGAGCGUGGAGCUGCUGGGGGCCACAGUGGGGCAGCAGGAGCAGCUCCAGCUCUGUGUGCACCGAGGAUGUGGCUGCCAGGUGUUGGGAGGGCACAGUGGGGACCUCCGAGGAGGAGGAGGAGGAGGAUGGCAGCGGGCAGGAUGGGGCCCCGCUCCCGUGGCAGUGCCCCUGGCAGGACAUGUCCCCAGGGCUGAUGAGGAGGGGGAGUCUGGAGUCGCUGGGAGCCAGGAUAUCCAGGCUGAGCCAGAGUGGGGCUGUGACCCCCUGCCCGGCCCCCUCCGGGCACCCAGCGCAGGGCAGGGGGGAUGCAUCCCACUGGGGCUCAAGCUCCAGGGCAAAGCCCUCAGUCACCACUGUGCAUGGUGAGGAUGGGGACGCUGGACAUCUCCGGAGACCCUCAGGCAGCUCAGCCAGCAGGAGCAGGGCCAGGGCCAUGGGACACUGCAGAUGGCAGGAGCCACCAGCACGCCGGGGGUGGCAUGGAGGGGACGUCACCCUCACUGCAGAGAAGGAAGGAGAUGGCGACGGGCGGAGGAGAGCUCUCUGCACCAAAGCAGCAGUGGGACCCACCAGGAGAUGCAGCCCCCGGGCAGAGGGGCGGCACGAGGUGUCCUGCCCAGGGCAUGCAGCCAAGCCCCGGUGGCAGCGCUGGAAGCAGAAGGCCGUCCUGUCCCAUAGGCUGGCAGCGCUGCGCCAGGCCCUGAGGAGCAGCCAGGAGGGGAUGCAGGAGCCAGGAGCUGGAGCUCAGGGCAUGCAGAGCGAUGGGGAUGGGGCCAGGGCACGUGCGUGGGAUUGUGUGGAUGUGGAGGAGGUGCAGGUGCAGAAGGGCUGCGCUGAACGCCCAGGGAAGGUGAGGAGGAAAACGUUGGAUCUCAGAGAAGAGAAGAGGGAGCUGCAGGAGAGGCUCUGUGGGUUGGAGCUCCGGAUGCGCUCCAUGCUGCGGCAGAGGCAGGAGGCCCUGGGGCAGCUGCGGGCAGUGCUGCAGAAGGAGAGGAUGGCCACACUCAGGCGGCUGCAGGAGAGCCUGGAGAAGGUGAAUGGGACCAUCUGUGUCUGUCAGAACUGUCACCCAGAGGAGCUGGCAGCCCCAGGAGCCCUGAAGGAGCCACUGACCCCAGAGAGAGCCCUGCGGGAGGCAGCGACGUGUGUGUGGGAUCCAGCCCGGCCACCAUCUCCUUCCCCUUCUACACCUGGGUUGAGCCAUGCUACAGGUGCACAGAGAAGGGGUGAGCACCUGUGCCACCGCUCAGCCUCUUCCCUGCCCCCAAGCACUGUGCCCCGCCUCCAGCAGCAACACCACACGGCGCUGGGGGUCCUGCACCACGUCCAGCGCUGCCUGCGGGAGCUGCAAGUAGAGGACCUCGGUGUGCUGGGAGCAGAGCUGGGCACCACAGCAAAUGAGGAGAGGUUCCUGAUGCCACCUCUUGACAUUCCUCCAAGCCCCAACAGGAACAAGCUCGCUGCUGCGACCAGGACUCGAGAUGAAGCAUGGAGGUGGUGAUGCAUCCCUCUACCUCCCUAUGCAUACCCAGGUCGACCAGUUGUGAAGCUGCUGAACGGGUCCCACGGAAUUUCCCAUGUAGAAGCUUCUCUUAGGUCCUGGCUGGGCUCCUUCCAAGGGCUGGGGACCGCGGGACAGCAUUUUGGGUGCGAUGGGUGAGGUCACGUGCCUCCACCAGGCUGCUGUCCAAGGUCCUGCCGGGAGAACCUGGAUUCCCAACCAGCAUCUUUGCUCCUCACACUCAUUUAGGAGCUUGGAAUGGAGAGGUCCAUGCUGCAGGGGUGGUCGCUCAGUGGGGUGGGAAUGAAGGUUUUGGGUUGGGGUGAGAUAUGGAGAAGUAGAUGGGGAGUAAGGGCUGGGGGAAAUCUCGUGCCUUCCCAGGUCUGGUUGGCUGGGCCACGCACAUCAGGAGUGCUUUGGGAUGGCUGUGGGCAGAAACACUUCAGGAAAAAAAGAAGUUUAAAAAUGAGGAAUUGUUCUACUUAGGAGCUCUCAAAUAAUUUUAAAGAGGAGAAACCUAUUUCUCAGUCUUCACACAUCUCAAUGGAGAAAAUGCUGUUUUUAAUUUGCAGGAGAAUGCCCAAGGAGAGUUUCUCUGCAUGCGAGGGGGGAAAUGAGAAUUUCAUGCAGUACUGAUUGCUGCACUUCCUUGCUGGAGGAGGCAGGGAGUGAAAAUGGAAAUCUUUGUCUGCUUUCUUCCCAAUCAAAAUAAAAAUGUUCCUCAUUAUA